AUUCGUUAGGCUUAUCGUUCUGAUGUGCCCGAGCCAAGUGUCGAACAACAGGAAUCAAGUAUUUUCCGCAAUCCUUUUUCUGUACGUGCACGUCGUCGUGGAUGUGCCUCUAAGCAAAGAAAGUGCUUCUAAUAAACAUGUCUUCGUCAUCCACUUAGUUACAACUUUGAGUACGAAUGUGCUGUAUGUAUGAUGGCUACUUGACCUUUAAGCAGAAAUACACUUUGUGUGACGUGUUGUUUUGUUGUUGAUAUAUUUUUAUGAUUUUCAGACGUAUGC